AUGCGCCUUGUUAAGAACAAGGUCGAGCUUAAUGGCUCGGGCACGGUGACAUUAUGUCCUGAAGAGCCUGAGGAUAUGUGGCACGCAUACAACCUCAUCCGACCGGGCGACCUCCUCACAGCCAAAGCCGUCCGGCGCGUCACAUCCACGCAGGAAACCGGCUCAACGUCGACUUCGCGCGUACAGCUGAUGCUCCGGAUUCGCGUCAAGAACCUGGACUUCGACCCGCAGAGCUCGCAAUUGCAUGUGGGCGGGCAGAUCCUCAACGAGACGGAUUACACAAAAGUCGGACAGCACCACACGCUCGACCUGGAGCUGAACCGCAACUUCACGCUCGAGAAGGAGACGGGGUCCGACGGCGAGGGCGUGGGCUGGGAUAGCAUCGCGGUCGAGAUGCUCAAGGAUGCCGUCGACGAGGGCGGGAAGCGGCGCGCGGAGGCCGUCGCCGUGGUCAUGCAGGAGGGUCUGGCGCACAUCUGCUUCAUCGGGCAGUUCCGGACGAUCCUCAAGCAGAAGGUCGAGAUGUCGGUGCCGCGGAAACGGCACGGCGGUGGAGAUCACGACAAGGGGAUGACGAAAUUCUACCAGGUCACGCUGGACACGCUCCUGCGACAGAUGGAGUUCAACACCAGCGCGACAGCGAUGAACAACGGCGAGACGGUGCGCCCGGUGCUCCUGGCGUCGCCCGGGUUCGUGGCCGCAGGAUUCCACAAGUACAUCCAGGGAGUGGCGACGAGCAGCAUGCCGGCGCUGAAGCGCCUCCUGCCCAGCAUCAUCGUCGUACACUCGGCGUCGGGCUACCUGCACUCGCUGUCGGAGGUGCUGCAGUCGCCGUCGGUGAAGACGGUGCUGGCAGACACCAAGUACGCCCGCGAGACGCGGCUCAUGGACGAGUUCAUGGAGCAGCUGCGCAAGGAGACCAACCGGGCGACGUAUGGGCCGCGCGAGGUCGAGUCGGCGGUUGACCAGGGCGCCGUGGGGCCCGGCGGCGGCGUGCUGAUCAUCUCGAACCGCCUGUUCCGCUCGCAAGAUGUGGCGGAGCGCAAACGCUGGGUGUCGCUGGUCGAUCGCGUCCGGGAUGUCGAGGGCGGCGAGGUGCGCGUGCUGAGCUCUGACCACGAGAGCGGCCGGCGACUGGACGGGCUGGGCGGUGUGGCGGCCCUCCUGACGUUCCCCGUCGUCGAGGAGGAUCUGGACUCUGACGAGGACUAA